GGGAGUGGGCGGAGAGCUUGGCCAGUGUCAAAAAAAGACGGCAGGUGCAUCCCUCUCUCAAGCUUCUUGAAAUCAGUGUCAAUUUUAUUUUCAGGGGUGGGGAAGAUAAAGAGUUGCGCUUUCCUUUGUAGAAAUUAAUCCUUAAAAAAAAAAAAUCUGCUUAUUGACAAGAAUGCAAAAGUAGAAUACUCGUUGUUGGAUCGCCAGCUUUGUUUAAAAUAUAUAUAUAUGCAAGCUAAUAAGAGGAAUACCAGACAAGAUUGGAAGACAAUAACAGCGCAAAGAUACCCAUGUUGUCCAUGGUUAUCAUGCCAGCUUCCAAGUCUGGAACUAGCUGCGAUUACUGGAUUGAUGGAUCUCACAGGGAGAUAACCUUUGAAGAUUACUACACAGUGGCACAGGAAUUAGGAAGGGGUGCUACGUCCAUCGUGUAUAGAUGCCAAGAAAAGCAAACUCAAAGGCAAUAUGCGGCAAAGGUCCUGCAGAAAACUAAUAAGAUCGAUAAGAAGAUUGCAAGAACUGAAAUUGGUGUUUUGCUACGACUUUCCCAUCCAAAUAUUAUUAAACUAAAGGAAAUCUUUGAGACCCCCACAGAGAUUAUCCUGAUCCUGGAGCUGGUGACUGGUGGGGAGCUCUUUGACAGGAUUGUGGAGAAGGGAUAUUACAGCGAGCGGGAUGCAGCUCACGCUGUGAAACAGAUCCUGGAAGCUGUGGAGUACUUGCAUGAGAAUGGAGUGGUUCAUCGAGACCUCAAACCAGAGAAUUUACUGUAUGCAGACCUUUCAUCAGCAGCUCCACUGAAAAUAGCUGACUUUGGUCUAUCCAAAAUUGUGAACGAACAGGUUACCAUGAAGACAGUAUGUGGCACUCCAGGCUACUGUGCACCUGAGAUUCUGCGAGGCUGUACCUAUGGACCUGAGGUAGACAUGUGGUCUGUUGGAGUCAUUACCUACAUCUUGCUCUGUGGAUUUGAACCGUUCUUUGAUGCCCGUGGCGAUCAGUACAUGUACAGCAGGAUCUUAAACUGUGACUAUGAGUUUGUCUCCCCCUGGUGGGACGAUGUGUCUUUAAAUGCAAAAGAUUUGGUCAGAAAACUGAUAGUGCAAGAUCCACAGAAACGACAAACAGUUCAGCAGGCUCUCCAGCAUCCCUGGGUGACUGGGAAGGCAGCCAACGUUGCUCACAUGGACAAUGCACAGAAGAAAAUGCAAGAAUUUAAUGCAAGGCGCAAGCUUAAAGCAGCUGUGAAGGCCGUCGUGGCCUCGAGCCGGUUAGGAAAUGCCAGCAACCACAGCCAUAGCAAUCAUGACAGCGCCAAAGAAAGGCACACUUCCAGUUCUGAGCCGGAGCAAAGUCCCAACGAGGAAAACGGGCAGAAUUUAUAGCCAAACCCUCGACAUUACUUUCACGGACUGUCUGCCGCAUGAGAAAUUGUGAAAAGAAUGCUGGCAAUGUUCACUGGAGCUGUACUCCACAUCAAUAUCAAUGGCAUAUUUUGCAAAAAAAAGAAUUGUGUUUAAAGUGCAUCUUCCUCUAGUAGAAUGAAUACGGAAGAUUUUCAAAUCAUGAGCGAAGAUGUGUAUAUAUUUAUAGUAUUUUAUGCUAUGGUACUUAAUAUAGAUCCACAAUAGUAUAAUACAUAAAUAUAAGAUGACUGCAAUUUUAGUAUCCAGAUAUCUUACAGUUCGUUUACUGGAUGCAAUGUCCAUGAAAAUAUUUUUAAUAGCAGAGAUUUUGUCCUCGAGGCAAAUGGAAUUUGUUAAUUUAAUUGAUUAAAACAAGCAAGGAGGAAAGGGCUUUACUGCAAAACUACUAUGGAUUCUUUCAAUGGCAAUGUUUAUCCAUGUCAAAUUGCUCCAAAGGAUUAGUUUGAACAGAGAGCACUUGGAGUGAAAGCAGACUAAAAAUAAUAGUUGUACAGGCAAAUAUUGCGAAAUGUACUUUACAUUACUUUAAUCAUUAAGUAGCCACAAAGUAGUGGUUAGUUAGAUAAGAGUAAAAAUCUGGAAUAAAAACAAAUAAUGUUGUGGGUACACAGCA